AUGUCUCAACCCAACCCGUCUGGCGCACCAGCGUCGGACACAUCCUUCCGCAAAACCUGGGACCGCGAAGAAUACGCCAAGAAAGCCGCCGACGAAGAAGCCAAGCGAAAAGCAGAGGGCAAAGCACGCUACGAAGCGAAGCUACUGGGCAAGAAAUACCAUGCACCGGUAGACUACAGCACACUGGAAGCGACAACAGCCCGCAAGCAGCGGCUGGAUGUUGCGUCGAUGGUGGGCAAGACGACGAUUGUGCCGGCGGGCUCGGCGCUGGGCAAGCGCGGGCGCGGCGCCGGGUUCUAUUGCUCCGAAUGCGACCUCACGUUCAAGGACAACCUGCAACUGGUUGAGCACCUCAACAGCAAGCAGCACUUGAUUGCUACGGGCCAGAGUGGGGAGGUUGUACGGGCUGGGGUCGAGGAGGUGCGGAUGCGGCUGCGGAUGCUGGCUCAUCGGAAGCGCGUGCGCGACGAGGAGGAGCGCAAGGCGUGGCAGCUGGAUUUGGGCGAGCGCCUGAAGGAACGGGAGGAGUUGGAUGCUAAGGAGCGCGAGGAGCGGAGGCGCAAGCGGAAUGAGAAGCGUCGGAAAGGUGGCGAGGGUGGCGUCAAGCAGGAGGAUGACAGCUGGGAAGGUCGUUUAGGGAUCAUCGCCUGA